AUGACUGAAACUCAAACAUCUGGGCGAAAACCGAAGAAGAAGAAAAACAAAGAAUCCCACAAUGCAGUUGAAAGACACAGAAAAGAGAAGAUUAAUGCUGGAAUCAGCCGAAUUGGAAAUCUCCUGCCUUGUUCACAGGCUCUUAAACAGAGUAAGAUCAUGAUUUUGGACCAGGCUUUCCGAUACAUCACAGAGUUAAAGAAACAAAAUGAUACAAUGCUUUUGGAAGGAGCAGAGAAAACCCAAGCAUCUGAAAUACGACGUCUAAGGCUGCAGUUGGAGGAUAUGAGGAAAGAAAGCGCGCAUUACAUUCAGCUACUCAAAGCCCAUGAUAUUUUGGAGGAUCCCACUGUUCACUGGAAGGAACAAGCAGAGAUGUUGGCUUUAGCCAUGUUGGAGCAGGACAGUCCUGACAGGAAGACCGCAGUUUGUACUGGGAACAAAACCGGCACAUCAAACCCCAACACAGGCACAUGGGAGCCCACAAAACCAAGCUCAGUGUCAACAGCAAAAGAUUGUGGACACCAACAGCACCUGCAGCAGCAGCUGCAUCAGCAACACUUCAGGCACCAGGACAAGAGCUGCGACGCCCCUGUGUCCAGAGCCCACCACAGUGGACACCUGCCCCAACAAGACCACCACAAGCCUGCUCAGGACCAUAAUGCUAUGCAAAGAAUGAUGAGUUCCAGAAGCUUGGAGCAGACACUUAUCUCCCCACCUACUAACCCUGUAUCCCGCUCCUCUGAGUUGGUCUGUGCUCCCUCACGACAGGAGCGGCAGCGAGUCUCUAACUACUCUGCAGAAGCUCUCAUUGGGAAAAGCUCCACUAAUGACCAGCGCAUGUCACUGCACCUUCAGCCAGGUCGAGGAGCUGCACAGGAACAGCCAGACCUCAGAGGAUAUCUGGAUUCCUCCAGGACUAAAGCCAACAUCACUCACAACCCCCUGAACCGCAUUCCAACAGAGCACUCCAGGCCAGUGGAAGGACAGCGCGUCUCCAUGGGAGCACCACACCAGGUGAGCAGCUUUGAGGUGCAAGUGUCUCGUGGGAAUGAGAUUUCUGUCAAGUCUGGCCCACCUGCUCAAAGGGGCCCUCAGGGGCCUCAGCUAGGUGGAUUUAGGACUGGAGCGGGUCCUCCAGCAGAUGGCCGUAACCGGGCAGUUUACAAUGCACUUCCUGCCUCACAAGUGCAGGUGGGCCUGGUGCAGGAUGGGUGUCAUCAGAGCUUUAUGCAAAGUCUGCUGUCUCCUCACCUUCCUGAGCAGAGUGUUCAUAAUCAGGUGGCUCAGUGCUGCCCCCCAGUGUCUAUGGAAUACUGUGUACCCAGAAGCACAUCCACGGAAUUACAAGCAAAGACCUCCAGCUCCAGUGUCUCUCAAAACCAGAAGGCUCCUGGGAUGCGACUGGGAGAAAGUAACAAGGGCCACAUAUCUCUGGGCAGUAAUCUGCACAGUGGUGUCCGCACCGCUCUCUCCCAUGCCCCGAACAGCAGUGCUGAAGCUGGCCGCUCCUCUGCCCCCUCCAGAACCCCCGCUGCUGUGGCCCAGCACACACGCCACAUCACACGGGACACACAGCCCUCUAAGCUCCGAGCCGGGGACAGAACUCGCUCAGGUACUGUCAGAAGUACCAACCCCUUUGAGUCUGAGGGACCCCUGUCUCUGCCCUCAGGGGGCGGGGUGCUCCUUGGACGGCCACAGACCGGGGCAGAGGCACGUCGCAGCACUAUUGUCCGCUUCAUGCCUGACACGGCUCAGGGCCCAGCUGACAACAACCUGGUUCCUGACCAACACCUUACACAGAACUUUGGGUUUCCUUUUAUUCCAGAAGGAGGGAUGAAUCCUCCCCCUGCCAUCAACGCAAACUCCACUAUUAUUCCACCAAUGAGUCAGCAAAAUGCCCCACGUACUCCUUCUCUUUUACCAGUGGAGGCUCAAAAUACUUUACCAUCUUUCUAUCCAUCCUACUCUCCAGCAGCCCACCCAAGCCUGCCCAGUGAUGUCACUCUCCAGUAUUUCCCAAACCAAAUGUUUACUAGCCCCAGUGCUGACAAGAGCAGUGCACCUCCUCUCAACAACCGCUUUGGUUCUAUUCUCUCUCCUCCUCGUCCUGUCGGCUUUGGUCAAACCAAUUUCCCUCUUCUUACUGAUAUGACUCCUAUGCCCAUUGCCAAUUCUUCUGGAAUCACUCCUCACAUCUCCAACUUCAGCCUGACGUCCUUGUUCCCGGAGAUUGCUACAGGCAUGCCAUCUGACGGAUCAGCCAUGCCCAUGUCUCCUUUACUGUCCCUGUCCAACACCUCCUCAGACGCUGGCAAACAGCCCAAUCGCCCCGCUCACAACAUCAGCCACAUCCUGGGCCACGAUGGCAGCUCAGCUGUGUGA